AUGUCAAAUAAAAUAUUUUUACAAAUCCCAAUAACUUCAUUUAACUAUUUUUAAAUACAAUCCAAAUUUUUAAACAAAAACAAAAAUCAGAUUGAAUUACUUUGUUAUGAAAAUCAAUUAUAUAGAAAGGUAUUUUCUAAUUAUUUACUAAGUCAUAAAAAUCCCUUAAAUAUGCCAUUCUAAAUAGUACUCUCAGAUUUUAAAUUAAGCAUGAACAAGCUUCUAUCAUAUUAAGAUUAGAGAAAGAUGAAUGCAAUUUCAAAGAAUAUGUAUUUCUUGAUAAAGCUGAGCCUUGGGAAAAGAAAUUAAAAUCUAAAAUACCUUAAUUGGAUUAUCAAACCUAUUAUGAAUUGGAAAAAUUAGUUGGUAAUGGUAGUUUUGCUUCUGUAUAUAUUGCUAAGAAGAAAUUAGAUGGUUCUAAAGUGGCUAUUAAGGCAUUUCUUAAGAAAAUGUUAAUACAAAAAAAUCCAAAUUCAUGGAGAGUAUUAUUUGUAUUCUAAUUUUAGUUAACAAUAGAAAAUGAGAUAAAGGUAAUGAAAUCAUUAGAUCAUCCAAGUAUUCUUAAAUUUUAUGAUCACUUUGAAAAUAGGGCUUAAUCAUAUAUUGUGAUGAGUCUGGCAAGAGGAGGAACUCUUGAAUAAGGAUUAAAGAAAUUAGAAGAACCUUUACCAUUUUUAACUGUUAAAGUUAUUUUUAGGUAAAUUGUAGAUGCAAUUAAAUAUAUUCAUUAAUGUGGAUUUAUACAUAGAGAUUUGAAACCAAGUAAUAUUUUGUUGAAAAAACCAAUGGCUUUAAAAUAAUUUUCUCUUAUAGCCUAAUAAGAACCUAAUAUAGUUGUAAGUGACUUUGGGGUGAGUUCAGAAAUAAAAGAUGAUAUGGAUAUAGGUAAAUAUUGUGGUUCUGUUGGAUUCAUGGCACCUGAAAUAUUUAUAUGUGAAGAAGAUAAGAAUGCUACGUAUAAUGAAAAAUGUGAUAUCUUUAGUCUUGGUUGUAUUCUUUAUAGAUUGUAAUGAUUUAAUAUAAAUUAGAAUUACUAAUAAACCAUUAUUUAAUGCUUAAAAUUAAAUUGCUUUGAAAUAGUUGAAUAAGGAAUGUAAUUUUGAUUGGAAUAAAAUUAAUGAAGAAUUAUAUAAUAGUAAAUAGUUGACACAUUUAUUGAAGAAAAUGUUGUCUAUAGAUCCAAAUAAAAGGCCAACAUGUUCAGAUAUACUUAAAGCCAAGAUCUUAGAUGUAGAAUAUGAUAAUGAAGGAUGUCCCUUAUUUAUUAAUUACAAGAACCCUAAAUCUUAAUCUAUUUAAUAAGUAAAAACCUCUAGACCUUCUAUAAAAUCAAUAAGUAACAAUAGAUUACCAUUGGUAUCUUCUAAUCUCUAUUAUAAUAUCCAAUAACAUAAAAAUCCUUAGACCAAAAGAUCAGGAAAUCUUUUAUUACCUUCUAUCAAUAAGAGAUUACAAACGGAAUAAUGUUAAUAUUGA